UCCAUCCCAGCCUCAAGAACGACAAGAAGAUAGAGAGGCGUUUCUUAACGGAGUGAAUAGUGAAUUUUUGUAAUGGAAUCCACUGAGCCGUCAUUGCUCGAAUCGUUUAAGACGAAGAAGGUGCUGCAUUCCAGUUCGAAACCAAAUCCUUCGCCGGAGAUUAAGUCUCCGGACCAGGAUCCAUGGAGUUCCAAGACCCCUGAGAAGCCGGUCAAUGCUCCUCGCCGGAGUCGAAAUCGCAGCUCCGCGCUCUCCUUGAAAGAAGUCCGACAGGCGGCGCUAAAGCUCCGGAAAUCUGAUCCGAAACCACCAGCUCAAGCCGCAGGGCAGAUUGGUUCCCAGCCUGAAUCUCCGCCUGCAAAGCCUAACAAGUCCGAGGGUUCAGCAAAGCUGCCGGAAAAGUAUGAGAUUUUGGGUGAAUUCUUCAAUAGCUUGGAUAGUUCUAUCCGGCUGCUACGAAUGAAGGGAUCAAAGACAACAUUUACAAACAUUAGUCCCAAAAUCGAGUGUUUAACUGACAGGAGGUUUUCUCAUGGUCAUCUAGCUCAGUUGAAGUUUAUUUUACCUGAAGCCAUUGAGGUAACGAAGAUCCUCGUGCAUGAUGAGUGCACGAGCUGUAUGAAGCCUGAUCUUCGCAUUACGCUAAAUGCCAGCGCGGUUGGAGACAAUGGAAAGGUGAAAUCUGGCAGUGGGAAUUUGGAGUUGAGGAAAGUGUUCCGGGCUCGGCUUUUGGAUUUCUUCAAAUCCCAUCCAGAGGGAGAUGACAUUCCAGAGGAGGAAUUACCACAUCCCUUCAAUCAAUCAAAGCCACCAGUGCCUUCUGGUUCAUCCUUUAUGGGUGGUGAGGCCAGAAAUGAAGCUGUGUCUGAGAUUGGUGGCAUCGUCGUCAAUCUGUCUAAACCCCCGGCUUCAACGUCCCACCUCUCUCGUUCUUUUGGACGGAGCUUCUCCCAGCGCAGCACGCUUUGCAGGGUGGAGGACAUCAAACAAGAACAAACAGUUGCUGUCAAUCUUUCCCCCGAGAGGAAACCUUCUAAACCUUGUGCUGGAUGCUCGCCUAAUGCUGUUGCUGUUUCUGCUAGUUUGCUACCUUCCCAUCCAAAUGCAACCCCUGUGAAGAAGGAUUUGCAUCUCUCUAAAGUCGAGGAAGGUUCGUUCUUGACUGCUGAAGGAACACCAUCUAAACUCGCAUCCACCCCAGCAAAACCGAUGAGCUCCACACCUGCUCUUCGACCUCCCAAGAGAUGUUAUAUGACUCCAGAAGACAACGAUUCAGCUAAAUCUCCAAACAAACUAGUUAGGCGCCCUUCCCGGGGCAGGCUGAUCUUUGACACACCAGUGAAGAAUGCAGGUAGUGAGACUGAAAGACUUUCAGCUCAUGAUGAUAUAUAUGAUCUCCCCGAGGAUCUCCUGCAAUCAAUAAGAGAAAAGGAAAGGAAAGCGCUUGAGGAAAAAGAUCCCGCCAUCUCACAAGCAAAGUGGAGGAAACAAAUGCUUGCAGGACUACCAAAACUGUUUGACAUGAUUUAUUUCCUGUUUCAAUCGAUCAGACGCUCUGUCAUCACCAAGGAGGAACUUAUGCACAAGAUCAUUUCAAGCCACCUAGGAACUGUUGAUACAAGAGAAAUCGAAGAGCAACUCAGAUUACUGCAUGAACUAGCCCCAGAAUGGAUCUAUGAAAAGCCAGCAUCAAGCGGCGAUCUCCUCAUAUGUGUUAACAAGAUCCCGGGCCCUGAAUCAAUACGCUCGAGACUUGCAGAUGCAAAGUGAAAGUGGGGAGGAGAGCAGUAGGAUGAAGUAACAGUUGUAGAUAAUCUUGUUUGAGGCUUAUUAGAUGGGGUUACCAUGGAAGAAGAAGAAGAGGAAUGCAGCCUUGAUGGCUUGCUGACUUAAAUUUUACUUUCUAUUUCAAUAUUUAUUGUAGUGAUAAGCUUAUUGUAAAGUUGAUUGACAUUGUGAUGAUAAGUUUACUAAUUUAUGUAUAUGAUUGAAUGUUAUAGGUUUGAAA